UCAGCUGAGAGCUGGAUCUCAUGGAUCUUUCUGGAGUAUGAAUAUUUAGGUACCCAGACAGGGCCGUUUAGUGCUUUAAAAAUAAAAUAAGAUUUUGAAACGGAUCCUACAAGAAACAGGAAGCCAUUGCAGCCAUGACCAGAAGUGUUAAGUGCCUUCUCCGCUUUGGCACCAGUCAGCGUAGCAGACCAGCUGGAGACGACGAACAGAAGAUUGAUCCAAGCAAAAAUACAGGAGGUUGCAGUAGUCCAGUCUGUAAAUGAUGAACAGAUGGAUUACAUGUUCAAAGACAUUAGCUCAUUAGUUGAAACUUCUCCUGUGUUCACUACGACGUACUUUGAAGUUUGAACCCUCCUACUUUACUAGACUAACCGCAGGAAGUAGCCUACACGGCAUUUAGACUAAACUGGGUUUAAACGGCAUACCACCACAUAUUCUGUCUUUUAUCUUAAAUCUUUCUGUCUUGGAGAGAAGUGAACGUAAGGUGACGUGUGUUGAACUAACUUCCGCUGACAUGGACGUAGAGAAGUACUUGAGACGCAUCGGAUUUACGGGCCCUGCAGGGAAGCCUAACCUGGAGCUGCUGCGCUCGGUUCACACCUGCCACCUGCUGUCGGUGCCGUUUGAAGACCUCACGGUGCACAGCGGCGGACGUGUCCACAUUAACCUACCAUCCCUGUACGACAAGAUUGUGAAUCAGCGCCGGGGUGGCUUUUGCUUCGAGAAUAACUCCCUUUUCUCCUGGUUGCUGACUAAACUUGGCUUCCAGGUCACCAUUCUGUCAGGCCAAGUGAGGAACCAAUCAACAGGGUACUACGGCCCCCCGUUUGACCAUCAAAUUCUGGUGGUGAGUCUGGACGGGCAGCGGUUUCUGUGCGAUGUCGGGUUCGGUCCUCCAGGCUACAGUGUCCCCCUUUCACUUGACACUGGUGGUCUUCAGGAGCAGGGCCACAGAGUUUACCGCAUUAGAAACAGCAUGGGAAUGCACUUUCUAGAGUGGCAAAGGGAAGAAAACAGAGGUGAAGAUGGAGACUGGACAGAGAUCUACAAGUUCACCCUUGAACCGCGGUGUCUGGAAGACUUUACGGAGAUGUGCCAGUAUCACCAAAGUUCUCCUAGCUCCAUUUUCUUUUGCAAGUCCUUCUGCACGGUUUUAAAACCGGGUGGAAGGCUGACUUAUAUUGGCCGCAGGCUCAUAACCACCACAUUUCCAUCAGAAGCAACAGGAGGUCAGUUGGAAACCACAACCAGGGAGCUUGAAGAGGAUGAGAUUCCUGCUGUUCUGGCAGAAAAAUUUGGAAUUGUGCUUUCAUCUCCACUUGUACCAAAGGAUGAGACGAUCACUCCACCUCCCGUUGUGUACUAAUAUUACACACAUAUACUAUACCUCCUUUAUCCAAAGCUCAAACCAAAAAUGCAUUAAUAAUGUUUUUAGGAUAGCUUGCCCUUGAAUCAAAUGUAAGCCAUCUUAAACUAUUAGUGUCCAUUAAGUGACAAGAUUUUUUGCACAUAAUGAACUUGGAGUAAAUGUUUUGAAGCUUUUCCCAUUUGGUUUUAAAGUUUUUUCACUGAACUUUCUGUGGUUCCUAAAAGUCUUUUACUUAGCAACUUUCCAUGAAUCACUAUAAAAUAUUAAAAGGGUCAUAUCAUCUUAAUCCUGAGACUUUGCUGUCUAAAUCUAAAUUU